GUAAAAUGUGCCAAAAGGCAAGAUCUGCGACAGGGGCUGGGCUGACACCUGACCGCCUCCGUCUCAUCUACGCACCGGCGGAAAGCUCCUCCACCGACCGGGCCACGACGAGAGGCUAGCCUCCAGAAUCGGACGUGGAUGGUCCAUUUUCGGCGGUGAGAGCUCUUCUUUUGUCCCCCCGGUCCUGGAGGAACCGCCGGAUCGAUGCCGAAAAUGGACCGACGCGUCCAACCACCGUUCCACACGACGAAUAUGUUCUUCAAAUGAUGCUAAACUAAUCAGCAAACAAAUGGUAGGACAACCAACAUCCAGUGGACAGAGUGCGCCAUAGUGAGAUUUCAAUAACACAUUCACACACACACACACACACGCGCGCAAGCAAGCCAUGGCUUUGGAGAACUCAGUCCUGCCCCCGGACUCUCUCUCGCUGCCUGUGGACUGCAAGCCAGAAGGGGACCAGGAGGCGGUAGCUGAGGCCCCGGUGCCACCCGCGGACAGCCGUGGCGUCUUCAACGUGUCCGAGGAGCUGGGCCACGUCGUCACCACAGAGGCGGCUAAGGUGAACCGGUCGUUCCAGUCCAAGAUGGCCGAGCGGGAGGCCACAGCCAAUCAGACUAGGAAGAAAACCCAGGGGCCCGAGAAGGAGCGAGGGAGAUUCGGGUGGGCUCGCGCGCGCCGCAAGAGGCAGCGCUACGUGGAGAAGAACGGCCGCUGCAACGUGCAGCACGGCAACAUGCGGGAGACGUACCGCUACCUGACCGACAUCUUCACCACGCUGGUGGACCUCAACUGGCGCUGCUCGCUCUUCGUCUUCGUCAUGGCCUACGCCGUCACGUGGCUCUUCUUCGGCGCCAUCUGGUACCUCAUCGCCUACUGCAGGGGCGAUCUGGACCACCUGGAGGACGAGACGUGGACACCGUGCGUCAACAACGUCAACGGCUUCAUCUCGGCCUUCCUCUUCUCCAUCGAGACGGAGACCACCAUCGGCUAUGGCCACCGCGUCAUCACUGACCAGUGUCCCGUGGGGACCAUGCUGCUGCUGCUGCAGGCCAUCCUGGGUUCCAUGGUCAACGCCUUCAUGGUGGGCUGCAUGUUCGUGAAGAUCUCACAGCCGAACAAGCGCGCCGAGACGCUGGUGUUCUCCAAGAACGCCGUUAUCUCACUGCGGGACGACAAGCUGUGCUUGAUGUUCCGGGUGGGCGACCUGCGCAGCUCGCACAUCGUGGGUGCCAACAUGCGGGCCAAGCUCAUCAAGUCCAAGCAGACGCAGGAGGGGGAGUUCAUCCCCCUGGACCAGACGGACAUAAGCGUGGGCUUCGAGACAGGCGACGACCGCCUCUUCCUGGUGUCGCCGCUGGUGAUCUCGCAUGAGAUCGACGCCCACUCGCCCUUCUGGGACAUGUCGCAGGCGCAGCUGGAGAAGGAGGACUUUGAGAUCGUGGUCAUCCUGGAGGGAAUGGUGGAGGCCACAGGCAUGACCUGCCAGGCCCGGAGCUCCUACCUGGCCGAGGAGGUGCAGUGGGGGCACCGCUUCAGUCCCAUGAUGUCGCUGGCCGAGGGCUUCUUCGACGUCGACUACGGCGCUUUCCAUCACACCUUCGAGGUGGACACACCCUCUUGCUCGGCACGGGAGCUCUCAUUGGCUGCCGCAAGGCUGGACGCUCACCUCUACUGGUCCAUCUCCAGCCGGCUAGACGAGGAGCCCACCCUGGUCCAGCAGAGGGCCAAGGAGCCUGAGGCACCGCCGCCCAAGAGCGCCGCCGCCAACGGCAAAGGGGAGGCGCCCACCUUCAUCGUCGGCGAGCUGACCGACGUCAGCGCGCCGUCCUCCGAGCUGGGCGAGCCGAACGGCAGCAUCCAGUCGGCGUGUGAGGACUAGAUGACAGAAUGUUUACAAAGACCUUCUGCCAUUUUGUUUAUAUCUCCUCAAGAAGACAUUUUCUUCUUUAACUCUUUCUAGAUAGUGUACGUGGACUUGUCUCCUUUUAACCACCCUGGCCUUUAUCACUGUUUGAAUGAGAUGGGAUAUUGUAAAUUGGCCACAUUUGUUCACAUUUAAAUAGCAUAUAGGGAGUUUAGGAUGUAUUUGAACAUUAUAAGAAGACUGACGCACUACAAGCAGCCCUAAAUAUUAGCAUUAGCGCCUAUGCUAGUGCUAACACAGCAUGAGCUGGUCCACCAAUAUUACAGACCACUUAAGUGGGUGAUCUGGAGUAGCCACAUUAUUAGCACCGGUGCUAUUUUCCCUCAUGUCAAUAUAAAUCUGGGGCUACUACAGAGGUGCCUUGAGAUGCGAGUGACCCAAAUUAGGAGUUUUUCGAGAUGCGAGCCGUCGUUCUGAUGAUUUUGAUUGCUCUGAGCUGUGAGCUAAAAUUUGAGAUAUGAGCGCUGUAUGGGCAGUGGACUAAACUCCCAUCACAGUAAGCAGCAGUUUGGCAGAUGGUGAACAAUUCUUCCCCCCAAAAAAGGCUUCAAGCUGUAAUGCCACUCUCAGUUGUAAUUUACUGUCAAUGUAAACAUCAAACAAAGAGAAUUACAUUAUGGUGGCCCAGACAGGAGCCCUCAUGUUGUGUUAGCACUAGCACAAGUGCAAACUGUUCUGUGUGUGGUGCCAUGCCACACAGGUGGUGGUUGUACUUACAUUAACCAGGUCAAAAACAAAUGUGUAAUUAGGUGAAUCUGCUUCGUUUCAUACACACUUCUGAAUUUUUCCCCCCCUCAAAUUACCUUUAAUUACGUUAUUAAUAAUUAAUGGAGACACCACAGUAGAAUACUACUAUAGUAUUAUAUACUAUAUAAUAAUUUAUAAUACUACACACUACAGUAGAAUAAUUGACAUUACAAGUGCAUCUGACACUACAGUAGAUCGUCUGACGAGGCAAUCUGACGGUACAGUUGACCACAUGAUAUGAUACCACCGUAUGCAAUCUGGGUAGUCAAUCUAACACUGCAAUAGACCAUCAGGCACGGCAGUAAUUCCAUUUAAAAUUGGAAUUGGGCUGUAAGCACCUACAAGUUCAGAUCCGAGACCCACUCUUGACCUUACCCAGCCUAUAGUUCUAAGAAUUCUAAGCACAAGUCACUUCCUAACUUGCUGCUGCUGUGUAUACGCGUGGUGAUUUUUACUCGAUGCUUUUAAAAACAACAAUUGUCUAUCUCAUAUACUAAUAUGUCACUUAGAAUAAAGUAUAUUCCAGAAAAGAAAAGAAAAAAACUCCUUCCUUCAUAUAUCUGUCAAGAUGGAUGCUGGUGCCAGACAGGAGCAGUCAGCACAUUGGGUUACUAGGCAGAAUCACAGCUGGGUUAGAUCCUCAAUUCUGCCGCUAGAGGAGGACAAAAAUCCGCAACGCUGCAAGAUGAUCGUGGCUGUCACGCGGCGUUCUUGGUGCUGUUUUAUGAGAUGGGGACCUCAUCAGCUGUCUCCUAGGCAACCGGGGAUGGGGACAAGAGAGUGUGUAGCAGUGUGUGUGUGUUUACAUGUAAGUGUGUGUGCGCGCUUUGAAGUAGACGUCCAAAGGGGCUCAUGGACUAAGGGGAGGUCAAGUGACAUUUGCUUAGACGUGGUGCCGUUGCUUUUUUUUUUUUUUUUUUUUAAACCAGUGACCUUGACAUGCAAAGUGACCUUGACAUAUGACAUUUAAAAAAGACAAUAGCAGUCAUCUGUGACCCAGUCAGUCGCAAAAUAGAACAAGAGGAGGCAAAGCAGGGCAUGACCAAAAUAAUCAAUGACCAUCUAAAGGAUCAAGUUUACAAUUACAGUGGAUAUAAAAAGUCUACACACCCCUUAUAAAAUGCCGGAUUUUUGUGAUAAAAUGAGACGAAGAUAAAUCAUUUCAAAACUCUUUCCACCAUUAAUGUGACCUAUAAUCUGUACAAGCCAAUUGAAAAAAACAAUAUUUACAAUUUUUUUUCAGGAGGGUAAAGUAAAAAUACAUCACUUGAAUAUGCAUACCCUCUUAUAAGUAGGGCUGUGUUCAGAAUGAACCAAUCACAUUCACACUCAUGUUAAAUGGGAGUCAGCACACACCUGUCGCCAUUUAAAGUGCCUUUGAUUAACUGGAAUAAGGUUCAGCUGUUCUAGUUGUCUUUUCCUGGUCCUUUUGUAGUACAGAGAUUGCACAGAGAUUCCACAGCAACAUUUUUUUCAAUUGAGUUGUACAGGUUAUAGGUCACACUAAUGGCAGAAAAGUUUUCCAUUGAUUUAUCUUGGCCUCAUCUUUUGAGGUGUGUAUAUUUUUUUAUAUACACUGUAUGUUUAGUGUUUUCUUUGUAUUUUGUUUUUGUUUUUAUGACAGCAUAACAGAAGCGCACAAGUAACAACAAAAUGAACAAAUACGCUGAGGACCUGCAAACUGUAAUUUGACCACAUUGUGAUUGAUAGCGGUAGCAUAGUGAGAAAAAGCUUCACUGUCCUGAUUCACAAUAGGAUGAGGCGUCAUUUUCGCAACAAAUACAUCAGAACCACUAGUUUCAUGUUUUAAGAAAAUCUCCUUUAUUUUUAUGGAUUAACGCUGGAAUGGUUUAGCUUUUUCUUUGGAUUGUUUUUGUGUGACUUGCAACAGAAGCGUACAAGUUAAUAAAUAUGUUGAUGACUUCA